AUGUACAUGUUUUUCACCGAGUAUGCACAAAAACCGUAUGAUCACAAAAUGGCUCGUCGUCAAGAUCGUAAAGUGAUUAAAAUUGAGGCAGCCUAUGGAUCAGACCGUCAAACAUUUAUUGUUAAACGGAAUUAUGAUUUACGUGUACGUGAUGUUCAAGAAGAUGCAGCAACAACAUUUCGAAUACCUAUUGAUCAAUUAAUUCUUUAUUGGAAGGGUCGAAAUAUUUGUGAUACACCUAAUGAAUUUUUGGAAACAUUAGGUAUUGAAAAUAAUCAUACGAUGCGUGUCUGUCGAGGAGAUGAUCCUGCACAACAAAAUAGACAACGAGAAUUACGUUCUUAUGCUACAAUGGAUCAACAAUAUUCAUCAUCAAAUGAUAUUUAUAGACAACAACAACAACAACAGCAACCCUAUUACCCUCAAUAUCAACAACAAGUUUAUUCAAAUUAUCCAACAAUGUAUGAUCAACAACAACAGCAACAAUAUAUGGCUAGUCCACGUCCAAAUAUAUCGGGUCCUGUUGCUGCUAGUUAUGUAAUCAAUUUACAAAUCGGUUUUGGUGAUCGUGUUGAAGGUCUUGUUAUUGGUCGACCACACCCAGUAACAGUUUAUGAUUUACAAGUUGAAUUACAACAACGUUUUAACAUUCCACUACUUGAACAAAAUGUUUCAUAUAAUGGAAUGUCAUUAACACAAUUUCCACCUGAUAUUUCACUUGAUGCAAUUGGAAUUGUUAAUAAUUCAUUUGUUUCACUUUGGUAUAAAAAUUUUGUUCCUCAAAAUCAACAACUGUCGAAUGAUUAUUAUUCUCCAAGACAACAAGUACAAAUGCCAUAUUCUAACGAUGGAUCUCAAACAGCACGUAGUGAUAUGUCAUCAAGGCGAAUGGAUUUCAACAGCAGCAGUGGAAACGAGACGUUGCCAAAUGCUAGUAACCAGGAAGUACUCAAAAUUGAAGUAUUUCAUGGUUCUGAUCGACAUGUACUGAUUUUACGUAGCGCAAAUAAUGUACGUAUUAUAGAUUUAAUGGAAGAAUUACAACGUAUAACAACUGUUCCGAUUCAAAAUCAAAAACUUUAUUAUCGUGGACAAGAAUUACAAAUCAUGAGAGAACGUUCAUUACGUGAUGUAGGCAUUGAUAAUAAUGCUCAAGUGAGAUUAAUUGGUGAUCCAGUAAAACCAAGAUACGAAGCAAUGAUUACAGGAAAUCGAGCUAAUUAA